AUGGCUGAGAGAGCAGCUGUAAUAUCAAGAGAUGAAGAGGAGAUCCAAAACAGCAGUGAUGAUGAAGACAGGUUUCCUACUCAAGUUGCUGUAACAGCAUCCCCUGGUUGCUCUGCCAGCCCUUCACUAGACAGCCUUGAUGAAGACCAGGGAAGCUCAGCAGAGCCAGAAAGACUGUCUGUCCUCUCCAGCAGGGCAGUGGCCCAGCUAAAAGCCCCAACUGGCCCAGAGAUGGUUCGUGGUGGCCAGGCACAGACGACAGUCCCUGGGCUGGCUGAGCAUCCUCUGGCAGCUGUAGAUGCAUCCUUGGGUGCCUCCUCAUGCCUUGCAGCAGUUGAUAACCUGCUGCCUGUGCACCUUGCCUCCUUGUAUGACAAAAGCCCCUGCUGUGAUGGCAAACUGAGCUCAGAGGUGCUGCAGGACCUGACGGUGCCCGGUGAGGCCCUGCAGGCACAGACUGGCACCCAGCAGGCAGGGACUGACACCCAGCAGGCAGGGACUGGCACCCAGCAGGCAGGGAGCAGCACCCAGAGCAGCAUGGCCUCCUGCAGUUUGGGCCGUGUGAUUUGGAUGAAGACCACAACAGUAAUGGAGACCUUAGAAAAGAAGAAGAAGGAGGAAAAGGAGAAGUACCGGCUCCAGCUAGCAAUGUACCGACGGCUCCUGCUGCUGCGCUCCAUCAGGAGUUUGCACAGGCAGCUGGAGCAGCAGCAGGCCAGGCUGCAGGAAUGCUAUGGCACGGUGAUAAAUACAAAGAAAGAAGUGUUGAAACACAUUUGCCCAACCUCGCCCUCACCGUCGCCGUAAUCAUGCUGCUGCCUGCAGAAAUGAGCUUUGCAAUGCCACCCGAGCCGCCUUGCAUGCCAUCAGGGUGGUG